AUCCUUGUGGAUUUGUGUGUCGCGAUGGUCUAUGUUUAGACAACAUUUUCGUUUGUAAUAAUGUUGAAGAAUGUUCUUUUGGUGAAGAUGAGUUGAAUUGUUUUCCUGUUUUUCCGACAUAUCAGCCUCCAGUUGCAUGUGAACCAUCGUUUAUACACCUGAACACUUCUGGCCAAUCGCAAUCAUUUUCGUCUCCAAAUUACCCGAACAAUUACUACAAUAACUUGUAUUGUCAAUGGAUAAUAUAUGUCCCAGAGGAUCUAGCAAUACUGCUCGAGUUCAAUGACUUCAGCCUUGAAAAUAGAUAUGAUUAUGUGAGGAUAAUUUCUGAAAACAUGACUGAUAUCAGUUUUACGGGAGUAAACUUCCACUCUGUAUUGUCUGAAAGCAACGAAUUGUUGGUAGUAAUGGAUACAGAUGGAAGUGUAACUUACAGAGGCUUCAAUGCAACUGUGAAAGCAGUUGAUUUAAGUGAAAUUUUUGUAUGUGGUGAUUUUGAAUUUGUACUAUUGGAACAAGUGUGUGAUGGAAUCAUUGAUUGUGCUGACUUCAGUGACGAGCUACAGUCUUGCCCUUGUAGCGACGACAGUUUUCAGUGUGCGAAUGGUGUCUGUAUUGCCGCUGCAAAACGAUGUGACCGAGAAAAUAACUGUCUUGAUUGGUCAGAUGAACAAGGCUGCUGGAAUGUUACUUCUGAAAAAUGUGGAUCACAACCUUUCUUACCUGCUGAAGAUAGGAUUGUUGGAGGUGAAGAUGUACCACCAGGGAAAUGGCCGUGGAUUGGUUCAAUCACAGUAUAUGGAUCUCAUUAUUGUGGUGCUGCAUUAAUUGAUCGUGAAUGGGCAUUGACAGCUGCUCAUUGUCUUGGUAGAAUAGACUACAUCAGAUUCGGCACCACAGAUCUUGAGUUUCAUUCUUCAGUCUUUUAUGAGGAUGUUGGUGUAGCUGAGGCGCUUCCCCAUCCAGACUAUGAUUAUUAUACGUUAGCGAAUGACAUUGCCCUUCUGAGGCUAGAAAGACCAGUCAAUUACAGUGCAUUUAUACAGCCUAUUUGCUUUGGUGAAGAUUUUGCUGUCGGUACUGAAUGUGUGAGUGCUGGUUGGGGUCGACUGUAUGAAUACGCUCAGGGCGCGGCUGAGGAGGCUUUGGCCUUUGUGGACCGCGCGGCUCGGGAGGGCAUUCGCGCCGUGAAUGGGGCGGGGUUUGCUUUGUCCUUCUUGUCUGACGCUGACGCUAACCCAACUCUCGUCCCGGACGCCAUUGGCCUCCUUCAGGCGGGCAUUGGCCUUAUUUCAGACCAGUUUAGUUCCAUCGCCCAGGCUGCCGGCGCGGCCCGGAGGGCUAAUGUGCUCCGGGCGACGACCGUCAGCCCCGGUCAUUUUGACCGGUUUUUAGACUGCCCCUCUUUUGGGGCAGAGGACCUCUUCUUUGGCCAGUUCGCUGCCAAAGAAGAGGCUUGGGCUAGGGAGUUGGAAGCGCGGCGUCAGACUAGGGCUAAGUUCCCGCGCCGUGACCGCCGUUCAGCGCGUUCCCAUCGCUGGGCGUUUGCGAGGCCGUCACAUCAGCCCCAGCAGCAACAGCCUCUGUUGCAUCCCCUCCCGCAGCCCGCAGCCGCUGUCCCUCCUGCUCCUGCUCCUGCCACCAAUCGACAAUUCGGGGCUGCUCCCUCAGCCGACAGGGCACGGCGUCGGCGGCGGGGGAGGGGUGGGCCUCGGUCCUGA